UGUUUUAGAGACGACUUUGAGGUAACGUGCCGCUUGCUUAGCAUCACAUUUAUAAAGAAUUCCCAACUAAUGGAGAUUUAACCUCGAAGAAUCGCUUUACUCUCACGUACUGUUUACGAAGGGGGGCUGACAUUGAUCCCUUUAAUUCCCAGGGAUCCCCCAGCCUGCCCCAAUGAAGACCGAGCAAGACGAAGACAUUGUUGCAGAGGACUCUCCUCAGGAGAAUGGAGUCCAGACGUCACAGUACAGCGCCAUCCCUCCGGUGGACCAGGAAGAGCAGUUCUCCACAUACUUUGAGGACAAGGUGCCCAUUCCUGAGAAUGUAAACCAGUUGUUCAGUUUCCGUAAACUCUGGGCCUUCACUGGACCAGGGUUUUUGAUGAGCAUCGCGUACUUGGACCCAGGAAACAUUGAGUCUGACCUGCAGUCUGGAGCUAAAGCUGGCUUUAAGCUCCUAUGGGUUCUCCUCUUAGCCACCAUCAUCGGACUGCUCUUGCAGAGGUUAGCUGCACGCCUCGGGGUCGUAACUGGGAUGCACCUGGCUGAAGUCUGCAACCGGCAGUAUCCUACUGUUCCUCGGAUCAUCCUUUGGCUGAUGGUGGAACUGGCAAUUAUUGGCUCAGACAUGCAGGAAGUCAUUGGCUGUGCCAUAGCCCUCAACCUACUCUCUGUGGGCAGGAUCCCUCUGUGGGGAGGAGUCCUCAUCACCAUCACCGACACCUUUGUCUUCCUCUUCCUAGACAAAUAUGGCCUGAGGAAACUGGAAGCCUUCUUUGGUUUCCUCAUUACUGUAAUGGCGCUCAGCUUUGGUUAUGAGUAUGUCCUUGUGAAGCCAGACCAGGGGGAGCUGCUGAAGGGGAUGUUUGUUCCGUACUGUGCAGGCUGUGGGCCUGUGCAGCUGGAACAGGCGGUGGGAAUAGUCGGCGCUGUCAUCAUGCCCCACAACAUCUACCUGCACUCAGCACUGGUUAAAUCUCGAGAUAUAGAUCGCAAAAACAAGAAGGAAGUGAAAGAAGCCAAUAAGUACUACUUUAUUGAGUCAACGAUCGCUCUCUUCAUCUCAUUUCUCAUCAACGUCUUUGUUGUGGCGGUCUUCGCUCAAGCCUUCUACAAUAAGACCAACAUGGAAGUGAAUGCAGAAUGUAAUGCAACUGGAAGUCCUCAUACAGAUCUCUUCCCUCUGAACAACGGCACACUGGAGGUGGACAUCUACAAAGGGGGCGUGGUCCUGGGCUGUUUCUUUGGCCCGGCAGCUCUUUACAUCUGGGCCAUCGGGAUCCUGGCAGCAGGACAGAGCUCCACCAUGACAGGCACUUACUCUGGCCAGUUUGUGAUGGAGGGUUUCUUGAACCUGCAAUGGUCCAGAUUUGCCCGAGUGCUUCUGACCCGCUCCAUCGCCAUCACACCUACUCUGCUGGUUGCCAUUUUCCAGGAUGUGCAGCAUUUGACUGGCAUGAACGACUUCCUGAAUGUGCUUCAGAGUAUGCAGCUUCCAUUCGCUUUGAUUCCAAUUCUGACUUUCACCAGCCUGACCUCUAUAAUGAAUGACUUUGCCAAUGGAUUGUUCUGGAAAAUCUCCGGUGGCAUCGUCAUCCUGGUGGUUUGUGCAAUCAACAUGUACUUCGUGGUGGUUUAUGUGACUUCACUGAACAGCGUGCUGCUCUACGUCUUCGUUGCCCUCCUGUCCUUAGCCUAUCUGUGCUUUGUGGGCUACCUGGUUUGGCACUGUCUGGUUGCGUUGGGGGUUUCCUGCCUGGACUUUAGCAGCAGGAUACCAGUCAGUUUUAUGCGACAGCCAGACAUUUACCUGUUGAAUGACAUGGACAGUGAGCCUGUGGUUGAGAGAUAGGACCGACUUUUGUGAGUGAACUGGAAGACGCUGACGUGCUUGACUAAAAUCUUCACCUGCCUGUGCCUCACUCUUCUAACUGCACUCGUUCAGACCUGGAUAUAAACCUCUUCAUUUCAGCAAUGCCUCUUUUUCAACAUUCUUAGCCAAGAAAAACAAAAAAACAACAACAAUGAUCUGCUGAUGUUUGUUUGAAUGUCCAGGUGCCAGGAAAAGACACGACCUUUUGAAGCCAUUUAACUGGUCUUUACAGUUAACUGUCCAGUGACAACCUGAAUAAAACAUAGAUUUUUACAAAAUAACACAUAUCCAGCCACAGAUACAUGAACACUGCUGACUACUGUUGGACUUCUAAGGACAUGUUUUUUAGUUCUCCUCAACCUCACACCGUUAACAGCAGGAUAUCCAAUGUGAUUUUUGUUGCAUAAGCUAUGGCGUGUUUAAAGUUUGUAUACUUGUGAUGGUGCAAAGUUAAUAUCCUUUAUUCUUCUCAUCUUUAAAAUAACUACAAAUACCAUGUUAAGAAAACAUCGUACAUCUCAGAAAAUGUGACAAAAAACAACUCUAAAAAAUGUAUAGAUGAGCAAAAUAUUAAUUUAUAUUAUCAUUAUGUAGUAGAGAUUUACUCAUUUUUACAAAAAAUAUAUAGGGCUGAGCUUUGGUCUCGACAAAAGUACAAAUUUGCAGGAAUGUUAAAAAUCCCAUAGGUCAGUCUUCCAUGACGCUGCAUCAAAGUUAAAGAAAUGAAUUCAUAAACAACAUAAUGCACUUAAGGCCACACAUUCCCAUUCGUUGCAUAAAUAGAUUUUUAAAAAGGUCAGUUUUUAUGAUUCUUGUAUUGUGUGUCAUUUUUAUUUAAUGUUUAUUUAAUUAGUAGUUGCACAGUUUGACCUCACACUUGCUUUUCACCUGAGCAACAGAAACUUUAAGCCUUGUGUUUAUGAGGGAAGUUGUGAAUGCAUUGUCUGUUAAAAAUCAGAAACGUGCUGCACAGUUAUACAAAAGACAACCUACACCAACUGCUUAUUGACGGAUGUUAUGAAGCAGGGAAGAUGCUCACCUGUUAUAGUCAGGUGUCUGUAGUCUGACGAAGACGUGUAUCAGUGUUUGACAAUGUCAAUGACAAAGACUUAGGGACGUUUGACAGAAAAGUAAGAUUUGUUUUUAUUUCUAUAAAAAUAUCUGGAUUCUGAGUAACCUGAGAAUUGCUUCAGUUGUUUAGUUUCUUGCUUAUGUUUUAGUAGAAUAACUUUUUUUGUUUUACAUUAAGGUUACAAUUUUAAUUAUUACUUUCAUAUUUCAACAAAUGCUGAAUCUUGAAGAAAACAUCUAAAAUCUUCAAGACAUCAUUAGGGAAAAAUGACAAGUGUGUCACUAAUUACCUCCUUUCUACAGUAAGUGCUUCUGUAACAUAUGCACACAUACGUCUGCACUACAUGCUGUUUCUGCUGUGUCUUCCUUGAUUCAAAAUGACCUGUGUUACUACAUUAAAGAAGUACAUCGUGUGUUUUUGCAAUGUACAUAAGGUGGCAUUCUGAAAAUAGGUAACAACUUCAGUUUUAUUUUUGGGAUUGUGUAUCAAAUUUGAAAGUAAUAUUUCCUAAACUUGGGAACAGGUCAGGAUUGUCAGAGGACAUUUUCUGGUUUCCUGUCUUGAUAGAAAACUAUACUCUGCUGUGUUUCUGAUAAAGCAAAUAAUAUAUUGUUAUUCGACAUAAAUUUGCAAAAUUUGAUUUUUUUUUAAAGGUGCUACUGAAAUGUUGUAUGAUGUUGUAUUUGUAUACAGUCAUGUUUCUUCUGAGCAGCAGCUUGUUGAAUAAAGAAAGUUUGUGCCU